UGGGGGCCGCGCCCGGGCGACGGGGGUGGCUCGGCUCUCCCCGGGACUCCGGCUGGGCUGGGGUUCGUCGGGCGGGGCCGGGAGGGGGAGCCUCGCCGCAGGUUUUGCGGAGGGAGAAGGCUCCCAGCAAAGCCCAGCCCCCUUCUAGCCAAGCCCCUGGUCUUUGCGCCCCCUCCGUCCAGAGGAGAGGAGAGGCCCUAGGAGACAGGACCCUCCUCCUCCCACCCACACACAUACUGGUCAGCCUGCGUUUUCUGGGGGUGAAAGUCGAUCUGCAGUUUGAAAAUGGCUCAAUGACCUUUUGAACCCAGGGUAACACUGAAGGCGAAUCCCGCUCCUGGAUAGCGUGAUUUAAAUGGGGGUGCAGGAAGCUCCUGGCGCUUGGGGACAGUUGCUCACAGGAGAGUGGGUGGGAAGGGGGCAGAUAGCAGAAUUUAGGCCCUGGGUAGGGUGGGGGUGGGCGUGGCAGGGCAGCCUGGGCUACUUUCAGUCACCCGGAGCCUGAACUGAAGGGAAGAAAUAGCCUGAAGGCUCGGAACUCUACCCGGUCAUCUGCAUUCCUGAGCUGGGAAGAUGCCCACAGUGCCUUUCAUGCCUUUCCAUUUAAAGGCCACUCACAGCUUCUGGGCCUCAGUUUCCUCAUCCUGAAAUAGAGAUGAUGUUGUUUUCAUCUGCUACAUGUGCUGGGUCACUUAGUCAUUCAGCCAACAUGCCGAGCACCUGUUAGUACAUCCCUGAACUAGAACAUCCCCUGUGGGGACAUCCAUGACCAAAGUCAAUCAGGCUGCUUUUUCAUUCAGAGAGAGACUAACAGCACUGGAACUACCUGCCCUCCUCUGAGCCACAGCACUUCCUGCAUAGCAAGGCAGGCAGCACGUUCCUAGUAAAACUGAGGUGGAUUUUCUGGAGUGAAGAGCAAAACAAGUAACCUGGGGCUUAUCUGGAGGGUGUGGCAACCUCCUUACUUUGCUACAUUCCUUGAGUCCCUUCAAGCAAUUGUCUUGCUGGAAAUCUACCUUCCAUGGCUCAGGACACUCUGGGGGAUCCAACCAACGGGAAUACUUUCUGGUUUCCAGUGCACCUCCUUAGAGGCGUGAAUCCAAGUGUGUGUCCUGACCUGACUGUCCACCUUCCCGGUGAGAACCUUUACCCACAGCUCCUGAGCAGGGUGGCAGGCAGCCAUGGAGAGCGUCCGCUGCAAGCUGACCCGCUACCUGGAGGACCUGGGGGACAUAGACUUUAAGAAGUUCAAGAUGCAUUUGGAAGAUUAUCCUCCAGAGAAGGGCUGCUGCCCGCUGCCUCGGGCUAAGACAGAGAAAGCGAACCACAUGGACAUAGCCACUCUGAUGAUCGACUUCAACGGAGAGCAGAAUGCCUGGGACAUGGCCCUGUGUAUCUUUCAUGCCAUCAAUAGGAGAGACCUACAUGAGAAAGCUAUGAGUGAUAGGCCAGACUGGGGUAAUGCACAAGUUUCAGAGUCCUCUGUGGAAGAACGGGAAGAGAGUCUUGAGGAAGAGUGGAAGGGCUUGCUGGGAUACCUUUCCAGAAUCUCCUCUUGCAAAAAAAAAAAAUCGGAUUACUGCAAGAAGUACCGAAAACACAUCCGGAGCCGGUUCCAGUGCAUCAAGGACCGGAACGCCCGCCUGGGAGAGAGUGUGAACCUCAACAAGCGCUACACCAGGUUGCGCCUCAUCCAGGAGCACCGGAGCCAGCAGGAGCGGGAGCACGAGCUGCUGACCAUCGGCAGGGACUGUGCCAAGACCCUGGACAGCCCCGAGUUUCUGAGCUCCACCAACGUGGAGCUGCUGUUCGAGCCCGACGACCAGCACACAGAGCCUGUGCACACAGUGGUGUUCCAGGGCACGGCGGGCAUCGGGAAGACCAUGCUGGCCAGGAAGAUCAUGCUGGACUGGGCGUCGGGAGAGCUGUACCAGGACAGGUUCGACUACCUGUUCUACAUCCACUGCCGGGAGGUGAGCCUCGGGGCCCGGCGGAGCCUGGGGGACCUCAUCGUCAGCUGCUGCCCCGACCCCCACCCGCCCGUGGGCAAGAUUGUGAGCAAGCCUUCCAGGCUCCUCUUCCUCAUGGAUGGCUUCGAUGAGCUGCAGGGAGCUUUUGACGAGCGCACGGAGGCGCUGUGCACCGACUGGCAGAAGGUGGAGCGGGGCGACAUCCUCCUAAGCAGCCUCAUCCGCAAGCGGCUUUUGCCCUCGGCCUCCCUGCUUAUCACCACCAGGCCGGUGGCCCUGGAGAAGCUACAGCACCUGUUGGACCGGCCCCGGCAUGUGGAGAUCCUGGGCUUCUCCGAGGCUAAGAGGAAGGAAUACUUCUUCAAGUAUUUCUCAGAUGAGCACCAGGCUCGGGAGGCCUUCACGCUGACGCAGGAGAACGAGGUCCUGUUCACCAUGUGCUUCAUCCCCCUGGUGUGCUGGAUCGUGUGCACUGGCCUCAAGCAGCAGAUGGACAGCGGCAAGAGCCUGGAGCAGACGUCCAAGACCACCACGGCUGUGUACACCUUCUUUCUGUCCAGCCUGCUGCAGACCCGCCGGCCCAGCCAGGUGUCCGCCACCAUCCGGGGCCUCUGCUCCCUGGCCGCCGAUGGCAUCUGGAACCAGAAGAUCCUGUUUGAGGAGUGUGACCUCAGGCAUCACGGGCUGCAGAGGGCGGACGUGUCCUCUUUCCUGAGGAUGAACCUGUUCCAGAAGGAGGUGGACUGCGAGAAGCUCUACAGCUUCAUUCACAUGACAUUCCAGGAGUUCUUUGCCGCCAUGUACUACUUGCUGGAGGAGGAGGAGGAAGGGUUCUCUGGGCCCCGGUCCCCCAGCUGCCCGGAGCUGCCCAGCCGAGAUGUGACUGUCCUUCUUGAGAACUAUGGCAAGUUCGAGAAGGGCUAUCUGAUCUUUGUGGUCCGUUUCCUCUUUGGCCUCCUAAACCAGGAGAGAGCCUGCUACCUGGAAAAGAAGCUGAGCUGCAGGCUCUCCCAGCAGAUCCGGGCAGAGCUGCUCCAGUGGAUCCAAGUCAAGGCCAAGGCCAAGAAGCUGCAGACACAGCCCAGCCAGCUGGAGCUGUUCUACUGCCUAUACGAGAUGCAGGAGGAGGACUUUGUGCAGGAGGCCAUGAGCUACUUCCCCAGAGUGGAGGUCCACCUCGCCACCAGGAUGGACCAUGUCGUCUCCUCUUUCUGUAUCGAGAACUGCCGCAGCGUGGGGUCGCUGUCCCUGAGGCUGCUCCACAGCUCACCCAAGGAGGAAGAGGAAGAGGAGGAGGACACCCGACAUGCUGGUGUGAACCUGAACAUGGCCUGUUGUCCUCGGUUGAAGAGCAACUUCCUCAUUCCCAGCGUGUGCUGGGGCAUCUUCUCUGUCCUGAAUGCUAACCAGAGUCUCACCGAGCUGGACCUCAGUGACAACACUCUGGGGGAUCCUGGGAUGAAGGUGUUGUGUGAAACGCUUCAGGACCCUGCCUGUAGCAUCCGGCGAUUGUGGCUGGGCCGGUGUGGCCUCACUGACCGCUGCUGCUUUGACAUCUCAGUCCUGAAAGGCCACAGCAAGCUGGUGGAGCUGGACCUGAGUCACAACACUCUGGGCAACAAGGGAGUGAGAUUUCUGUGUAUGGGGCUGCAGCACUUCUUCAGCAGCUUGAAGAAGCUCUGGUUGGUCAGCUGUAGCCUCACGUCAGCAUGCUGUGAGGACAUCGCGUCUGUGCUGAGCAACAGCCAGUCCCUGACCCGACUCUACCUGGGGGACAACAACCUGGGAGAUGUAGGAGUCAGGAUUUUAUGUGAAAAAGUUAAGCAGCCAGAGUGUAAGCUGCAGAAACUGGGGUUGGUGAAUUCUAGCCUCACGGCUGGCUGCUGUCCAGCUUUGACCUCUGUGCUGAGCUCUAACCAGAACCUCACGCACCUGUACCUCCGGGGUAAUGCUCUCCAGGACAGGGGGGUCGAGCUGCUCUGUGAGGGGCUCUUGCACCCCAGCUGCAGGCUCCAGUUGUUGGAGCUGGACGGCUGCAGCCUCACGGGCCACUGCUGCCAGGACCUGUCCAAGCUGCUGACGGCCCACCACAGCCUGCGCACCCUCAGCCUGGGCGCCAACAACCUGGGGGACCAGGGCAUUAAGCUGCUGAGUGAGGUGCUGCGGCAGCAAGGCAGCCACCUGAGGAACCUGGAGUUGUGUGAGAUGUAUUUCAACCAUGAUACAACACGUGCGUUAGAAGCUCUUCAAGAAGAGAAGCCGGAGCUGACUGUUAUAUUCGAGCCUUCUCUGUAGUGGUGGGAACAAGCUGGCUGGACUCUGAUCUCCUGGCCUCGAGGUGCAUCCAGAUGUAGACAGUGGGUGUCACAGCCCUCCACCCACACGUGAGCGGUGGAAUUGAGUGUCCCUUCAACCACGUCGGGCAGUGGGGCGAGUUCUCUUUUUACCCAGAUGUGGACAGGAAGACUGAGAGUCCCUACAUUCAGCUGUGGGCUGUGUGUCUAGGAGCACCCCUCUUUUGAGUGUGGACUGUGGGGGUGAGUGCUCAACCAUUCAGGUGUGGAUGGGUGAAAUGUGUGCCCUUCCAUCAGGCUCGACCCCUCCAUGCAGGUGUGGACUGUGGGGGUGAUGACUCCUCCAUGCAGGUGUGGAUGGUGGGGGGUGAGGACCCCUCCAUGCAGGUGUGGACUGUGGGGGUGAGGACCCCUCCAUGCAGGUGUGGACGGUGGGGAUGAGGACCCCUCCAUCUAGGUGUGGAUGGUGGGGGUGAGGACCCCUCCAUCUAGAUGUGGACUGUGGGGGUGAGGACCCCUCCAUGCAGGUGUGGACUGUGGGGGUGAGGAUCCCUCCAUGCAGGUGUGGAUGGUGGGGAUGACGGUUCCUCCAUCCAUGUGUGGACUGUGGGGGUGAGGACCCCACCAUCCAGAUGCAGACUGUGGGGAUGUAUUCAGGUGUGGAGUAUAGGGAUGAGGGCCCUUCUAUCCAGGUGUGGACUAUGGGGGGUCCAGGCUAAAGACUCCCCUCCAUUUCAUGGUUCUGAUGGAGUUGGGGGAACACUUGCUGAUGCCUGGAACAUGGGUAUCUGCUUCUAGGUUAAUGAUUAUCCAAAGGACGAGAUUCCGUGCUGCAUGCUUGCCGUGACCUUACAGGACAAACUCAUUUCACAAAGCACACUCUAUUUCUCUCUUAACUCUCCCUGGAAUCUUCUUUCCUUCCUUGUUUGCUUUUGCCCACAUCCUCACCCCCCCAUCUCUCCUUUAACUGAUGAUGAUGUUGCCAUUUUGUUAUAGUAACUUAUUUAUUAUUAAUUUUUGUAACAGUUUUGUUUUUAAUAAAAUAUUCAUGUUUAUUGC